UGACGUGCCUAUAUGAAAGUUAAGGUGCUCAUUAUAGGGGACGUUUGGUUCUCUCUGACGCGCGCUCCGGUCCUCUGACGGCAUCCCCCCCUCUUAAAAGAAUCCCAAAGUGUCCAGAGACCCCACCAGCACCAGCAGGACCGAUUCUGACAUUUUUAUUUCACCAGACCUCGCAACGCAAGUGGGGAGCGAGGAUUCUUCUUCAUUUUAACAAACCUGACAUCGUGAUGAUACCUCUUCUCUUAGAGUAUUUCAGCACAUGACUGGACUUUUUUAAGGUCUUCAUGCCUUCCAGUUCCUAGCAGGAGAACACCGCAACAAUGACCAUCCAUGUGGAGGGACUUGUGGCUAUUGCUAUCUUUUACCUGCUGAUCCUGGUCGUCGGCAUCUGGGCGGCAUGGAAAAACAAGCACUCUGGAGAGGCGGAGGGCACCGACCGCAGCGAAACCAUCAUGGUCGGAGGGAGAGACAUUGGGUUGUUUGUCGGAGGAUUCACCAUGACAGCAACCUGGGUUGGAGGAGGCUACAUCAAUGGCACAGCUGAGUAUGUGUAUCUUCCAGAAUAUGGUUUGGCUUGGGCUCAAGCCCCCUUUGGAUAUGCCCUCAGUCUGGUUGUGGGUGGCCUGUUCUUUGCAAAGCCCAUGCGCUCUCGUGGUUACGUCACCAUGCUGGACCCAUUUCAGCAGCUGUAUGGAAAACGCAUGGGUGGCCUUCUCUUCAUACCUGCACUUAUGGGAGAGAUUUUCUGGUCUGCUGCCAUCUUGAAUGCACUUGGUGCUACUCUGAGCGUCAUCGUGGACAUCAAUAUUAAGAUGUCAGUCAUUAUAUCUGCGCUCAUUGCGAUCUUUUACACCCUGGUUGGAGGACUUUACUCAGUGGCCUACACCGAUGUAGUCCAGCUCUUUUGUAUAUUUCUUGGCCUGUGGAUCAGUGUCCCUUUCGCUUUGACCAACCCGGCGGUGUCAGACAUCACUGUUAGUGCAGUGAAGAAGGUUCAUCAGGCUCCUUGGAAAGGCAGCAUCAACAAAGAUGACAUAUGGGUCUGGAUCGACAACUUCUGCCUCCUGAUGCUGGGAGGAAUCCCCUGGCAAGUGUACUUCCAGAGAGUUCUAUCAGCCUCAUCUGCCACCUAUGCUCAGGUCCUCUCCUUCCUGGCUGCCUUUGGGUGCCUUAUCAUGGCUGUGCCCUCCGUUCUCAUCGGAGCUAUCGGAGCUUCCACAGAUUGGAACCAGACAAGUUAUGGCAGCAUUGCUCCCAAAGAUAAGGAUCAGGCCGACAUGAUUCUCCCCAUUGUGCUCCAACACCUUUGUCCGCCAUUUGUCUCUUUCUUUGGUCUGGGUGCCGUUUCUGCGGCUGUCAUGUCGUCUGCAGACUCCUCCAUCCUUUCAGCAAGCUCCAUGUUUGCCAGAAACAUCUACCAGCUAGCUUUCAGACAGUCGGCCUCUGAUCGAGAAAUUGUUUGGGUGAUGCGAAUCACUAUCUUUGUAUUUGGCGGUCUUGCCACCAUGAUGGCGCUGGUUACUGGCACAGUUUAUGGCCUCUGGUACUUGAGCUCAGACCUUGUUUACGUCAUCAUCUUCCCCCAGCUGCUCAGUGUGCUGUUCGUCAAAGGCACCAACACGUACGGCUCAGUGGCUGCUUACCUGUUCGGUUUGGUGCUGCGCAUAGGUGGAGGUGAACCGUACCUGAGGCUGCCUCCCUUUAUUUACUACCCCGGCUGGAUUAUUGAGAAGCAGAUACACCAGGAAACAGGAAUAAUUGAGGAUUUCGUGAAGCAAAGGUUCCCUUUUAAGACUGUCUCCAUGGUGGCUUCCUUUGUGGCGAACUUCAUUUUUUCGCACCUGGCAAAGUACCUGUUCGAAAGUGGUAAGAUUUCCCACAAAUACGACUUUCUCGACGCUGUGGUGUCCAGGCACAGUGGAGAAAUAAUGGAUAAGACAACUCUUGUAACCCGUAGUAACAACAUCGGGUUGUCAGAAAUGGCGCCCGUCAGACCACGGCUGAGUGUGACCUUGGCAGCUGCCUUUACACGCCGCGACACACUGCCAACAGAAACUGUCGAGGAGGAAGACGAGGAGUCCAGCCCUGACUCAUCCCACCAUAAUGAGGAAUGAUGAAGCCUGGAAAUUAUUUGAAAACAAAAGGAAAGUCGUACUGAACUGUCUAUCAUCAAUCAUCAAGCCACAAACCUAGGAAUUCUUGGAACGAUAAAAGAACUUCCACAUCCUGACCGACUGGAUAACGUGUCAGGAGUUUUAGUGUAGCAGCUUGCUGAUUGUCCAGACAUGAGCUGUCUUUCUGUGAAGUAAAGCAACACACACUCACACAUGCACUCCUAAUAUUUGUAGUUAGUUGGUUGUAAUGUCUGUUUACCUAUAUUAACUACUAAAAAAGAUGAGGUCAACCUAAAGUUACAAGUAAAAAAAAAAAGAUCAAAUAUCCUUAAUAUUUGGCUGUUCAUAGAAAGUUAAAAGACAUGACAGACGGCACAAUCAACAUUAUGUGGAAGAAAAAACACUUAGUCAUGCUUUUAGUCUUGUACUGUGGUUUUAUUGUUUUUGAAACAGCAGAAAAUGAUAAGUAAGCACUGGCAUAUCAAUUUUAUUUAAAUGAAUAGAGAGCCAUUCAUCCUUUUGCAUAACCAAUUAUAAUAUUUAUAAUUCUGUGAAUCAAGAAAAAAAAAUCUACGCAUCAUGCUAAAUGUAUAAGCAGUAAUGAUGGUAGCUGACAUUUAAGGUACAGCCUGAUCUUCUCUUUGACCAUCAGAAAUAGAGACAGUUUUAAAGCAUUGGUGUAACUUCGUGUUUAUCAAUUAUCUUCCAUUGAACUGCCUUAAUGAUCUUAUUAAAGAAAUAUUUAGCCGUUCUGACCAGAAUCUGGUCAGACUGCAAUACAAAAGGACUUGAAUGUAAGCUCUGAUGAAGCGCAGAGUAUAUAGAUGGGACAGAAUAUUUGCUGCUGAUGAUUCUCUUCGGUUUGUGUUUUGGCAAAGUUUCGCCGUUGCAGGACAAGGUGCCUCUGGCUCGCAUUUUGGUGGUGUUUGAUUGGCAAGAGGGGGAUUACAUUCUCUGUGAUGUGUUUAUUUGUAUAUAUGUGAAGAUACAAAAAAAAGAAGAUGCAGUGUGAGGAAAAUCAUAUAGGUAACUACUUAAAUGUUUAUUUAUUUUUGAUGUAAAAAGAGUGAAGAAGAAAUAAAAUGGGGAAAAAAACUGACAUUUGUGAAGUAAAAGGUGCUUUGAUUCAA